UAUGAAUAAUUAAACUUAUUCAGAUUUUUUAGAUUAAUUUCGGAAUUAAAAAAUUACACAAUGAAUAGAUUAAUUUUAAAUGGAGGAGUAUUUAGAGUGAAUUAUUUUAUUCUGAUGGAGUACAAAAUUUUCAUAAAUGGGCUCAUGCUUCAUUGUUGGUGGGCCGUAUGAUGGACCUGAAUAUUGGGCUGUAUCAAUGAACCGGGUUCUUGGGCCGGCCCAAUAUGAUCCUCACUACAUGACGUACUACUGCUAUUGAUUUUUAAAAACACGAGGAACGGUAUUUGAAUUUUUUUUGAAUGUUCUGCUUCCCUCCCGGCGCGGCGGAAUCACUUCUCUCUCGUCGGACCAACGCCACCAUCUCCGACGCCGCUGUAGCCUUUGCGUAGUCACUGAACGAGAAACAAGUACUAUCCUGGCAGAUAAUUAUUUCCAUUUGAAGCAAAGCGCAGAAAAUGUCGAAAUUCGGAUAUCCGAAGCUUUCGCGGAAGGAUAUAAUUGAGGUGCUGGCGGACUACCAGAUCGCUACUGUAUCGGAGGCUGAGCUCCUCCACCCUGAUCCAGAUUUCGUAUGCAAUCUUUAUACGCGGAUCUUCGUUCACACGGACACUCUCCAGGAAGACGAGGAGCAGAUGGAAUUUGGGGCGCUGGAGCAGCUUGAAAACCCAGAUUACCACGUACAUUCGGUACAGGUUAUGAAUUUGUAUAACAAGAUCCAGAAACUUGUCGCCGCCGUCGAUUGUCCCCAAGCCUUUACUCCUAAAGAUUUGAUUAACCCGGAGCCUGAACGCACGCAGUUGUUUCUAAGUGCUAUUCUCAAUUUCCUCCUCCACAGACACACGAAAUUAAAUAUGUUGAAGCCUUUUAAUGAUGAUCUGGAACGAUUAGAGGAGCGACGACAAGCUGCUGAAGCAAGAAUGUCGCAGUUGAAUGCAGAGAUUGCAGAGUGUGAAGAGAUGAGGGAAAAGGAGUUGCCACUAGUUCAAGAAGUAACUUCUCAAAUUAAGGAACUGCGUCAGACUGUUACAGACCUUAAUAAGCAUCAAAUGACCUUGAAAACAGAAAUUAAACAACUCAAGGAAAAAUCCAAAGAAAUGGAUGACAAGAUAUCUGAAGCAGAAUUUGCUUUAGUUCAAAGUGUUCAAGAGAAUGCAAAUUUGCGUUCUAAAAUUGUCCAGUCGCCAGACAAACUUCAGAGAGCUUUAGAGGAGAAAAAGUUGGCCCAGAUUGAGACAAAAAAUGCAGAAAGAAUGGCAGUUCAAGCCUUCCAGGAUAAAACUGCAACACUUGAAACCUAUGCUAAGGUCUGCAAAAAAUUGUCCAUGCAGUUUUCUCAGAUGCAAGCUCUGCAAGAGCAGAUAAAUUCUGCAAAGUCCGUAGAUAAAGAUGUGAAGGUCCUCAAAAGCCAGCUCAGUGAUGAAGGAGUUUUACUCAAAUCACAUGAAGCAAAACUUCUGGAACUGCAAUCGAAAUUGGAUCAUUUAAAAGAGCUCAUAAGGCAGCAGGAAAAGGAGAAAAUUCUCAGCGAUGAGGAGGCAACCAAAGAGUUGAAUAAUGUAAAAUCAGAAGUGGAAUCGAAGAGACAUGCCUUAGAACAGAGGCAUAGAAUGGUCGAAUCUGUAGUUGCAGAGGCUGAUGCUAUAACCACACAGACAAAACUUGUUGAGGAGGAGGCAGGUGCCAAAAUGCACGACUUGGGCCGUAAAUGCGAAGAGAUUGUGGAAGCGUUCAAUAACUACUCAAAUGUGAUGAGCAACUUGUGGCAGUGAGUCAGGUGGACUUAAGAAGAACCUAAUUAAUUGUGUGUAGAAACCAAAUCAAACCAGGUUAGUCUCUCCUUCUAUUGCACUUCUCCCUCCCAUGUUGUAUUCUUUACUCUAGCUUUCCAUGAAAAUGCUUCAUAUAUUAUUUGUAUAACCUGUGUAUUAAUUAAUUACUACUAGUAUUGAUUUGCUUAGUUUUUAUAAUUUCAAAGUGUUUUUGUGGGGUAUUCAUUUAGAAUUAUUUUUAUUUUUUUGGCUUAAGUCUGUUUUGAUUUCCUUUUUGAUUGCGGCCCAGCCAGACAUGGAAAAAGGAUUACUUGUUUUUAAAUGAUAAAAUGGCUUGUAUUCUGGUUC